AUGACUAAAAUCCGUGGGACUAAUAAGGCAAAGAAAAAGGAGAAACUUGAUUCUGAAUUGGAUAUCAAAUCUAUGGCUCAUGAGCAUGCUGAAUUUUUCGAUAAGUUGAUAGAGCUCAUCCCUGCGAGAUUCUACUUACCUGAUGAGACAGAAAGGAAGUGGUUUCCUGGUCUUAGCAAGGCUCAAAAAGCUAGAGCCAAGAAAAAAACAAACGAAAAUCUAAAGAAGGCGAGGAGAGAUAGGUUGGACCCAGACAAGUCUGCAUUGACAACACUGGAUUUACUGAAGCUGAAGAUAGAGAAGGAGAAAUUGAGUAAUGAGCUUCCUGAUGAUGAUGACAGUGAGGAGGAAACAGAUAACCACAAGCCUAGGACUGCUGGUUUUCAAAGGGAUGACUCUGUUACGUAUGAGGAGCUUAGACAACGUCUCCACCGCAAAAUUGAUGAGCUUAAAGGUGGUCGUGGAGGUUCAGAAAGAAGCCAUGAACCAAGGAAGAGGUUGCUGCCAAGUAAGAGAAAUAGGGACACAGUUUAUGAGGAUAAGACUGUGGAGGAGAAUAAGUCAGCAGAUAAAGGUAAGGGUAAGUUGGAAGUGGAAGAGGCUGCUAAGGACCUUACAUUUGGUUAUGUCAAGAUUGACGACGAUGAUGAACACGGAAAAGAUAAAAAGAAACGUAGGCUUUCCAAGGCCAAAGAGCUUGAAAGGGCUAUGAAGUUAGAGGCUGAAAAGAAGGAUCCAGAAAAAGGUGAAGUAAUUGCAAAGAAGCACUCAUGGCAAGCAGCUACAAGCAGAGCAGCUGGUAUAAAGGUUCAUGAUAACCCAAAGCUAUUGAAGCAAAGCAUCCACAAAGAAAAGAAGAAGCACGAGAAGAACGCAGAGAAGUGGAAGGAAAGAGUUGAAGGGCAACAAAAGUUUAGGGUUGAGAAGCAGCAAAAGAGAUCAGGGAAUAUCGCGGAUAGGAUUGAACAGAAUAAGUUGCGGAAAAUCGCCAAGAGGGAGAAGAAGCUCCUGCGUCCUGGCUUUGAAGGCCGAAAAGAAGGGUUUAUCAAUGGUGGUGGAAAGUAG